UGCUUCUGAGACUGAAUAACUGACCAUUGAAAGCAUAACAUUCAUUGCAAGGGGUUCCAAAAUUCCAAAUAUAAUAUACAAUAUAUAGCUACGUGCACAAUGUUUUAGAGUUUCUACUGUUUGUGUUGUAUUUAGUGUAAAAGUAGAAUGAAGUACUUGAAGAAAAGACACAGGGAGCAAUGUAGGAGUUAUAAUGCCGUUUGGAAAAAGUGGUUUAAAUUCCACCUCUUGCUUUUUUGCCUCUUCCUUGUAGAUGCUGCAGUUAGUGGGUCAGAUAAUCCACAGUAACAUCUACAUCCAGCCAGCUGGCCCUCCAGAGGAGUACCGGGUGCCCCCCGUGCCAAAGACCCUCCGCCAGGGCCAGCUCCUCCUACAGAAGGGUGGCAUGGCCUCUUUUAAAUGGAAGAGGUAUGAGGCUCACCUUCAUGUUGGUCAGCUGACUCUCUUACCCUGGGGGUGUCAGUCAACAGACGACAGUGAGACAAUCUCCAGCUCCACUCUGCCCAUCAUCAUCCAUUUCUCAGAUGGCAAGGCCAGGGUGGAGGCAUCACAGUCCUGUGACACAUUCACACUCCUCACACAUUGUGGCACAUAUCAGUUCAGGGUACCUGCUGACAUGAUACAAGGAGAGAGGGACUCGUGGGUCCAGGCUAUUAACAAACUAUGUAUGAACUGGAAACGCUGCUCACAGUCUGAGCCAAUGUAUAAGGACCUUAAAGAGCUGAGAGAGUCCAGGGCUGUCACAGGCGUCCUGCAGCAAUCUGAAGAUGGGACACUCUCUUACUCUCUGCUACUCUCAGAGGAGUCUGAUGGAGAAGAGUCUUCAGCGCCCACUGGUGUCAGGGCUUUUCCGCUUCCACCAAUACCACCACUGGCAAAACCUUCCAACCCAGAGCUUUUGCCCACCACGCCCCCACCUUCUCCCUUGUACUCCGCCCUGCAGCCUAAGGUACCACCCCCACCUCCUGUGCCAGCCCCACCUCCACUACCCAGAAAGCAGAAGCUACCAAAGCAGCGCACCAAAGCCUUCCACUGGGAUCUGGUUGCCCAGGACAAGAUUGACAAAUCCCUCUGGACACUUGGAGUCAAUGGAAAGGCUAAGAUUGACACCUUUCGGUUGUUUGAGCAGUUCAAAGUCAAAGGCUCAGACAACUUUGCUGACAGUGUGGAUCCCAGCCAUCAUGUGGAGAUCAUGCUGAACCAGAAGGUUGCACACAACUUCAAUAUUUUCCUCAAAAGUUUCCCAGUGCAACCAGAGGAGCUGCGAGAAAAGCUGUUUAUAAUUAAUGAGAAGGAUGGCGGCCUAUCUGAUGAGCAAAUUGCGUCUCUCAGGAGAUAUGUGCCGACUAUUGAUGAUGUGGAGAUGUAUAAGUCAUACAAAGGACCAGCCUCAGACCUGCACAUAGUGGACCAAUACAUGCUGGCGAUGUGCAACAUCUCCUAUCUGAGCUCUCGCCUAGACCUGCUACUCACACUCAGAGAGUUGCCCAUAACCAUGGAGGAUCUGGAACCGUUGAUUGACCAAAAGAUCCGUAUGUGCCAGCAGCUGAUUGGCUCUCAGACAUUUGUAUGUGUUCUGGAGUAUCUGCUGGCUGUGGGUAAUUACCUGAAUGAACAUGCAGGCAAAGACAAGGCAAAGGGAUUUCGUCUCUCAUCGUUGACUAAACUUUCUCAGCUGCGUGGGGUGGACCGCCACAUCACCUUGCUGCAUGCCCUUGCGGAGCAGAUCAUGUUGCACGAUCCAGGCUUGGCCACCUUUCCCUCCGAGCUUGCGGAAUUUGACACAGUCCCGGGGGCUUCCAUCAAAGGCCUGACAGCAGAGAUAGAUGUCAUGAAGAACGAGCUUCAGAAGGUUCUCCAGUACAGAAAGACCUACAAGAAGAACUACCCAAUUCCCACGCAUCCAAAGUUCUCUAAAGACCUGAAGGCAGCCAUUGAGAAGUACAACACCGAUCUGCUGCAGCUGACAAAGAAAAGCAAGGAGAUGAGGAAGAUCUACUCUGACAUCUUGGUGAAGUUUGGGGAGGCAGCUGACCAGGACUCACAGGAGCUGUUUGGCUGGGUGUGCCAGUUCAUCACGGAAUUCAAGAAGGUCCAUGCAGAGCUCUCAAAAUGAUGAUGGGAUAUAUAAGAGAGAAAGAGAGAGAGUCUAUUCUCUUAAUUGUAUUGCCAUGUUGUUUUAAUAUCACCAUCUUAUAUGUUUUCCCUUGAUCAUCUAUUUUUUGUUGUUGUUGUUUUUUAAAUUAUUAUUUGUAUUUGAUGCUUUGGCAAUAUUGUAUUUUAGUCAUGUUAAUAUAGCUCAUUGAAAUGAAUGCUGUGUGGAUCCCCAAAGAGCUUCUGCACUAAUAG